AUGAGUGGACCUGAGUUUGUUUCAUCGAUGUUUUCCCAAAUGAUUGAGCCUAUUAUGCCCAACAUCAAGUUACAAUCAUCCGACAGUGAAAUAUUUACUGUCGACGUCGAAAUAGCUAAAUGUUCAGUGACGAUUAAAACUAUGCUCGAAGAUUUAGGAAUGGAAGACGACGAGGAAGAAGUUGUUCCAUUGCCGAAUGUCAAUUCUGCUAUAUUAAAAAAAGUUAUUCAAUGGGCUACUUACCAUAAAGAUGACCCACCAUUGCCCGAAGACGAUGAAAACAAAGAAAAACGGACAGACGACAUUUCAUCAUGGGACGCAGACUUUUUGAAAGUUGAUCAAGGCACACUGUUUGAACUAAUUUUAGCUGCAAACUAUUUAGAUAUCAAAGGUUUACUUGACGUAACAUGCAAAACAGUAGCCAAUAUGAUAAAGGGUAAGACUCCUGAGGAAAUACGAAAAACUUUCAACAUUAAAAAUGACUUCACUGCAGCUGAAGAAGAUCAAGUCCGUAAGGAGAAUGAGUGGUGUGAGGAAAAGUAA